AUGCGUUUGCUAUCAAAACUCGUACUCUCGUACGCCGCCGUCGCUACCGCGUUGACGAACGUGGGCUUCGGCGGCAAGAGAAAAAGCUACAAGCAUCUCCAGGAGUUAGACCUGGGAUUAGACUGCGACAGCCACCGCCUCGGCGCGGUAGCGAUCGCAUUUGUACUCGGCGCUCAAAACCUGGCGGCGAUACCCGGCGGCGCGCCGAACCUCGCGCUCGCGCGGCUCGCCGGCUGGGAGUAUUGGCUCCGCGGCGACGGUAACUCGCGAGGAUGCUUCCUCCAGUCCUGUGCGACGCCGUGUCGUCGACGUAUCUGCGAGCGCACGCGAACCGUCCACCCCCUCGCAGCAUGGUCGGACCCGAAUCCGAAAGGCAUGGUCUGCAUCAUCCCGUCGUCGUUCAUCGCCAUCUGGAGCACGCUCUGGUACCAGAAUUGGCCCGCGACGAUGCCUGGCGGCGGAGCCGAAGUUCCAGGCGCCUUCGAAUCGGAUCCACGGAUACGCCAUCGCCACGAUAUUCGCCAUCUACACAGGUACGUGAACAACGACAUUAACAACCCGGGCACGAGCGGCCUCCCGGGCAACGGCAUCGUGCGCCGCCGGCGUCCCAGUACUCAUAUAUGACCGCGUAGACGCGUCACAACCGCACAGGAGGACUGGCUGCCGUCGUGCAAUGUGAUCGCGCGUUUCCGGCGUCUCAGUACUAAUUGACCGCGCGAACGCGUCGCGACCCCCGCAGGUCCACUUCACGCCGACGGGCGCGGUCUACCUCGCGGCCGUCGUCAAGGACGACGCUGGUACGGCCGGCGUCGCCGGGGACCAUCCCGCCGAGGCCGGCAACGCGUUCCUCUUCGUCCAGAAUGCGGUCGCGGGCGCGACGCUCUACGGCCGCCAGGGCCUGCCGUUCGUCGACGUGACGGCGCACCCGAACCAUUGCUGCGCGCCGCCGGACCGGCGCGUCACGUGUCACGUCCUGUGUAGAAAUCAAUCUUCGUUGAUCUCCACUCCAUCGAGCAGACGUUGUUACGGGACCAGCGUCGUGUCGAUGGCGUGGACGGACCAUGCGGUUUACAAUCGCGUCAAUGGCGUGUGACUUGAUUUCCACACAGGCCGCGUCGGCCCCUCUAAGUCGCGCCAGCACCGCGUCGGCCGCCUCUAG